AUGGCUGGGUCCACACAAGAUCCCAGGAUAUCCGAUGGGGAUAUUCUGUCUGAGAAGCAUAUUGUGGAGGAGAAUGUUAUUCAUUCUCCACCCAGUGAACUUGACCAGCCGGGCAUCGUUCAAGAUUGGGAUAGCGGCGAAGAGACCUCUGUGAAGCGCAAAAUCGACUUUAUCCUCAUCCCCACCCUCGCCCUUGCCUUCUUCUCUCUGCAGAUGGAUCGCGGUAACAUCAGUGCCGUCCUCACAUCAACGAUAACGAAAGACCUGAACAUAACGACCAAUCAAAUAAAUAUCGGCACACAGCUACUGUCGGCUGGAAUCGUGCUCUCCGAAAUUCCCUCCAAUAUUAUCAUGCAACGCCUUGGGCCUCGGGUGUGGUUGUCCGGUCAGCUGUUUGCAUGGGGCCUUGUUGCAACCUUCCAAGCCUUUGUGCAGUCAUAUCCUGCAUACUUGGUAACACGAAUUCUCUUGGGUUUCUGUGAGGGUGGUUUCAUCCCUGGUGCCUUGUACUACCUAUCCACCUGGUAUAAAAAGGAUGAGACUAGUCUUCGAACAAGUCUGUUCUUCUAUGGUCAGAUGUUUGCCUCUGCCACAUCGAGCCUGAUCUCAGCUGGUCUGCUACGACUCUCUGGUAGCCACGGCUUGGAGGGAUGGCGUUGGAUUUUCCUUGUUGAGGGACUUCUCACACUACUCAUUGGAAUUGUGUUCACCCUCUUGGUUCCACCCAAUGUAGGGGACGGUCGGCCUCUGAUCAGCUUUGGUCGCUGGAGCUAUUUUACCGAACGUGAAUCACACAUUAUGCGGAAUCGUGUGCUUCUGGAUGACCCUCGCAAGGCCAAGGGCCAUAUUCAGAUCUCGCGCUCCGAUAUCUGGAAGACCCUCAAGCAGCCUCGAAUCAUGCAGCAUGUAUUCUUGACGCUCGUGUCCAUGUCUGGCUUCCAGGGCUUGACACAAUAUACCCCUAGCCUGAUUAAGUCGUUGGGCUUCAGCGCAAUUCGUGCCAAUGCGCUCGCCUCUGUACCCGUGUACUGCAGUAUUGUGUGGCUGACAAUUUUGUCUGUUGGAUCGGAUCUGACAAAACAUCGUGGCCCGUUUGUGCUUCUCUCUAUCACGUGGAACGUCAUCUCCUAUGCCUGCCUACGGGCAACACCAUAUACCUCGUCGAAGUGGCAUCGAUACGGAGUCAUUGCAGUGGCAAACAUAUCUUAUUGCAGCAUGCACAUUCUCAAUGUGGGCUGGCUGUCGGUCUAUUGCCGUACACCGCAAGAGCGAAGUGUUGCUAUGGCCCUAGUUGUCAUGGCGGCGAACUGUGCAGGAAUCUCAGGUUCGCAAAUCUUCCGAACAUCGGAUGCCCCCAAGUAUGUACAUGGCCUCACCGCCAUCUGUGCUAUCGCGGGUGCCUCGUGGGCUCUGGCGGCGAUUAUUUGCGUGCUGUAUUAUAUUCGACGGCACAAGGAGAUCCCUGGGCCUAGCACGAAGCCUGAAACAGUGGCUUAA